AUGAAGGGGCUGCUGGUCUUGAGUGCUGUGCUGCUGGCUGUCUUUGGCAAGGAGGACUUUUCAGGGCACCAAGUGCUCCGAAUCUCAGCAGCUGAUGAGGCUCAGGUAGAGAAGGUGAGGGAGCUGGAGGAGCUGGAACAUCUUCAGCUGGACUUCUGGCGUGGUCCCUCCCAACCCUCCACUCCCAUCGAUGUCCGUGUGCCCUUCCCCAGUGUCCAAGCUGUCAAAGUGUUCCUGGAGUCCCACGGCAUCAAGUAUUCCAUCAUGAUCAAGGAUGUGCAGAUGCUGCUGCAGGAUGAAGAGGAACAGAUGUUUGCCUUCCAGUCCAGGGCACUCUCCACAGACACCUUCAGUUAUGCCACCUACCACACUCUGGACGAGAUCUAUGAAUUUAUGGAUCUGCUGGUGGCUGAGAACCCCAACCUUGUUAGUAAGAUUCAAAUUGGCAACAGCUACGAAGGUCGCCCCAUCAAUGUUCUGAAGUUCAGUACUGGGGGAACCAAUCGUCCUGCCAUCUGGAUUGACACAGGCAUUCAUUCCCGAGAAUGGGUCACCCAGGCCAGUGGAGUUUGGUUUGCUAAGAAGAUCACUGAAGACUAUGGCCAAGAUGAGCAGCUCACUGCCAUCCUGGAUUCUAUGGACAUCUUCCUAGAGAUUGUCACCAACCCUGAUGGUUUUGCCUUCACCCACUCCACGAACCGUUUGUGGCGUAAGACCAGGUCCAUUACAGCUGGAUCCAACUGUGUUGGAGCAGACCCCAACAGGAACUGGGAUGCUGGCUUUGGAGAGGCUGGAGCCAGCAGCAACCCUUGUUCAGAGACUUACCACGGCAAGUUUGCAAACUCAGAAGUGGAGGUCAAGUCCAUUGUAGACUUCGUGAAGAACCAUGGGAACAUCAAGGCUUUCAUUUCCAUCCAUAGCUACUCACAACUCCUCCUCUACCCCUAUGGAUACACCACAGCCCGGGCUACCCAUCAGUCAGAGCUGGAUCAGCUGGCCAAAGCUGCAGUGGAAAACCUGUCUUCUCUGUACGGGACCAAGUACAAGUAUGGCAGCAUCAUCACCACCAUCUACCGAGCCAGUGGUGGUACCAUUGACUGGACCUACAACAUGGGCAUCAAAUACUCUUAUACCUUUGAGCUCCGGGACACUGGACUCUAUGGUUUCCUGCUGCCUGCCAAACAGAUAGUCCCUACUGCCCAGGAAACCUGGCUGGGUCUGAUGACCAUUAUGGAUCACACCCUGAAGCAUCCCUAUUGA